AUGCCCAGGGUGUCUUCAAUCUGUUCGUACGUUGAACGAGGAUCAUCUUCAGUUAUUGCUCGGAGAGCAUCGAUUGAUUCUUCGUUGACAGCACUUCUAGGACGGCCUGAACAAGGAGCAUCUUCGAUACUGAAAUUACUGUUUUAUUCAUUUGCCAAUGGAAAAUCAUCGAGUGAAUUUAUAUGUCCUACAGAUGGAAGAUGGCCAGAUCCCAAGGAUUGUGAAAAGUAUUUUACUUGUAAUAGUGGAAUUAGUGUAGGUGGUUGGUGUGGAUCAGGGAUGACCUAUGAUGUUGAUAAUAAACGUUGUGAUCUAUCAAAAAAUAUUGAGUGUAAUGCUGGCGAAAGACCAAAUUGGACUCCACCAGAAAACUGGCAAAACGAAGAAUCUGUGAAGACCAUUGUUACUAAAACAACAGCAGGCGAUACUACGACGGUUGUGCGACAUGCCUCGACUAAACGAAAUCAAAAAACAACGUUGGUAACAAAAACCACUAUGCGAAAAGUUUCAUCAUCUACACGAGAUUCAAUGGCGAUUGAAGAAGGCAAAUUGUGUAUGUUCAAAGGAAACAUGGCUGAUGUAUCAAAUUGUGGAUCUUACUUUUACUGCAAGGAAGGAAUAUCAGUUAAAAUCCGUUGUCCAGAAAAGAACUUGUUUGAUGAUGAUUUGAAAACAUGCAAUGAUUAUCGAAAAGUAUUUUGUAGUGAACGGCCAGAAAAUGAAAAGUAUAAAGAUCCAUGUAAUGGUCAAGCAAACGGCAAAUAUGCAGAUGUUGACACGGGUUGUAUAAGUUGGUAUACGUGUAUUGAUCAACGAAAAGCAAAAUCAGACGAUUGUCCCGGAGGAUCACGUUUUAACAUGCUCACAUUACGUUGCGACCAUCCAAGAAAUAUUCCAAAGCCAUGUGGAUUGAGAAGUAAAUCGUCUGGUGAGUCCUAG